AUGUUGAAAAUCCCCAAACAGUCCAUAAGCUUCACCAAAUCCCGUCAAAAUCCUAAUCCUAGGAUGAAAGAUAAGCUCUUUUCACUCACCGUAAGACAUCGUCGUGCUCGCCCUUGGCCCUACGGCCCUGCGCAAAGUCACCGGCGGCCACUGAAGGGAGCUGCGCCGCCGCCGCCGCUGUUCUCCGGUGCGUGCUCACCUCCAGCUAAGGGCGCUGGCACAGAGGCCGCUCGACGGUGCCGCGCACCUCCAGCUAAGGGCGCCAAGGCGCGGUGGAUGGCCACGGAUGCGGGGCGCCCCGGGACCGUCGCCGCUGCCGCUGCGGAGAGUGCGGGGGGCGAUGGCGCCGCAAUGGCGACCCGACCGGCGUGCAGGCGGAGCAGCGUGAGGCAGCAGCACUCGGAGGAGGGACGCCGGACAGCGAGGGACCCCGAGGUGGCGCCAUUCCUUCUCCACGCUCGGCGUCGUCGUUGCCGCAUCUGGCUGCUGCGUGCGUGA